AUGUGUUUGGAUGUGAGAAUGGUACAAUCUUACACUCUUAUUUCUCUCUCUUUUAAGCUUAUUUCAUUCUUCUUUGCUUUAUUUUUCUUUCUUUCCUUCCUUCCUUCCUAUUUUCCCUUAUUUUUCUUUCUUCCAUUCUUUUUUCUUUCUUUCCUGUUUUUUUUUCUUUCUUUUUCUUUCAUUCUUUCUUCUUUCUUCCUUUCCUUCCUUUCUUGUCUGUCUUUCUUUCUUUACUUCCUUCCCAUCUUUUCUUCUUUUUUUUCUUUUGUCAUUCAUUCGUUCCUUCUUUCCUGUCUUUUUUCAUUCUUUUGUUCUUUCUUUCUUUUUUCUUUCUUGUCUUUCUUUCUUUUUAUCAUUCUUUUUCUUUUUUCUUUUUUUUCAUUUCAGCUUCUUAUCAUUCAUUUUCUCCUUCAUUCUUUUCCAUCUCUCUUCAUAUUGUUUUGUUUUCAUCUUUCCUUCUGCAGCAAGCAAUUUAUUCUACUCUUCCACCCACUUUUUCAGUUCCUACAUCUCUUUCUUUUAAAGUUUUCCCAGUUUUUACUCCUCACUAUUCCUGACUACAUUCAUUUUUUUCUUUCUUUUUCCCUCUUUCUUCCAAUACUUUCUUUUUACUUAUCAUUCUCUCUGCAUAUCUUAAUCUUCCCAUUUCUGGCUAUCAAUUUUUUUUCUCUUUCAUUUAACUCUUUAAUCGCUUCUUAUAUUCUUUUAUAUUCCUUUGCUAGCCCCUCUCUCUCUCUUUCUUUUUUUUUUAUUUUCUAUAUUUCCCCAUUUCCUCUCCCUUGUGUAUCUGUCUCUAUUCACUAUUACUUCUCUUUCUUACUUUUAUUUCAUUUACCUUCCACUACCCCCAACAUUGAAGCUUAA